AAUCAAACGUAUCGUAGUCUUUGCACACACUUUGUCCAGAGUGUUGUACCUAGACCUAGUAAAGAGGAAAUAUAUAAAACAUAUAAAUUGUUGUGACUUCGUUAUAUUGCAUUUCGGUUCAGUGAAAAUGUGUCGUUCAUUUGUGUUUAUUUUGAACUUGGUGAUUAUGGAUUUUGGAUUUUGUUACGUAAACCUGGCGGACGUAGAAUGCGGCGUGGACACAUCCCGGCGCGGGCGCAUCGUCGGCGGUACCGACAGUCUUCCAGCAGAGUUCCCCUGGGCAGCCAGUGUAUGGAGGCAAGGGACACACCAGUGUGGAGCCACUGUGCUGAAUGAUCGGUGGCUGGUUACAGCUGGACAUUGCGUUUGUAGCGUAUUCGACGAGUUCUACAAGUCCAAACAGCUGACUGUCGUGGUCGGCUUCACUGACAUCUCAUCCACCGGGGUCAAUGAACCUUUGGCCAAGAUCCUCCCACAUCCUCAAUACAGAUGUAAUAAGAAAUCCAACGACGUAGCUCUUCUAAAGACCGUGAAUCAAUUGAAAUGGAGUAGUGACUUACGACCAGCUUGCCUACCUCAACCUUUAGCAUCAGAUUUCAGUGGAACCAUUGCUACAGUAGCUGGAUGGGGAUUUACUCAUGAAGAUAGAGCUAUCGGUGUAAGGCCAAACAUACUCCAGAAGACUGAAGUGAUGGUGGUGACGAAUCAGGAAUGCAAUCAGUGGUACGAGUCCCAAGGAAGUAAGGUGAAGGUCGCAUCCACACAGAUGUGUGCUGGUCACGAGCAAGGAGGCCGGGAUUCUUGCUGGGCUGACAGCGGUGGCCCACUCAUAGUACGCGGGGACAAAGGCCGUGCGACUCUGAUCGGAGUGGUCUCGACUGGAAGUGGUUGCGCAAGAGCACGCAUGCCCGGGAUCUACACUAGGGUGUCCAGGUAUAUUGACUGGAUCACUGACUCUGUCAACGAGGAUAAAGCUAGAAAUGGUUUGAGUUGGUAUCCUAGGGCUGGAUAACUUACCGAUAUUAUAUGUCUGGGAAUACCAAAUAUAUCAGAG